AUGGAGGCAGCCUCGAGAUAUAAGCCUGCGGGUCUCCCGAGCAUCUUCAUAGACUCGAAUUCAAGAUAUCCAUUCUCUGUCGCCAUUCCCGGCUCCGCUGAUCGAAUCAACGCACCGCCGCCUUUAUCGCCGCCGCGACUCCCACUCCCCUUUGACGAUCCUCACCAUCCUAGCUACCACAACAGCUCAGGAAGCUUGGAGGACAGGUCACACUACAUGAGGUCCGGUCACAGACACAAUGAGAGUUAUGCCAGCAUGGGUUCGUCCUCAGCUUCGGCUUCCGCAAGGUCUGAAUGCUCCCUUCCCAGCAUCACUGCCGGUUUUGGCCUGCAUCAUAACCAGUUUCAAUUCCAGUCCGGUGCCGACGCUUUCACCGAUAUGAAGAAAAAGCUCGCCCCUUGGGAAACCUUCGACAACAAGCCGGAUAGCUCGCUUCUCAGUGUGCCGAGUACAUCAUCCACUAGCGGAUCAUUCUCGAGGAGGUUGUCAGACGAUGUGCGUGGACCGCUUUCCGCACCUACCAGCCGCCCACCGCACCUCAAGACGUCAAACCUGCUACAUUCUCCCGACAGGUACCCGCAGACUCCUCACUCUGCCCUUUCUCCUUCUCCGAGAAGUCAGUCAUUCCAUCUCGCUCAGGACCAUAGAUCAUCCUGGUCUGUCUCCGACCUCGACAGGUCGCCCCCAAAUUGCACUAGGAGAAACAACAGCGACGAUGCAUCAUCGCACAGCUAUGGAGUGGACGAAGUAGAAAUGGGAGAGACCAACCCUAUGAAGAGGCAGCGGAUAGGGAACCCCAUGAGAGCUCACUACGACGGUGCAGGAGCGAAGCGAGGGGCAUCUGCCGACCCCGACGCCAGCGUGCCCCUUGGUUUCACAAGCCAAGGUGACUUGCUACGUCGUCGUGAUGGAAACCAGAGGAGAUCUGCGACGCCUCGGCUGAGCGUCAUCCCCCAGGGAUCCGUCUCUUCAGUGUCAUCCGGUCGCGUGGGGUAUUACAGCUCUAAUUCGUCCCUGCUCACCGGGAGCAUUGCCAGUGUGGGCUCGUCAUAUGGCCGAGUCUCUCCAGGUGGACUGUCUCCAGGAGGAAGUUCACCCGGCGCCGGCGGAACUGAUUCCAGCCGCAGCUCUACCUACAGUGCAUCGAUGUCGCUGAACCCCUCGCCACGCGGUUCCCUUCCCAGGGCACCCGAACGGUUGACUAGUAGCGGAAGCCGGCCUCUCGCUUCUCCCUGCAAGCUUGCUGAAGUGAGCAAGCCUGGUGGUACCAAGAUUUUGGAACUUUUCAUGUCGCAUGAAGCUGAGAAGCAACACGAGUGCUCAAUCUGCGGAAACCGAUUCAAGAACAAGAACGAGGCAGAGCGCCACCAGAACAGUCUUCAUGUUCGUAGACACAGCUGGAGUUGCUCGGCCUUGAACGGCUAUGACCGAGCCUUCCACGAUAGCACCAACCGCCCUGGAGAAGCAGACUAUUGUGGCUACUGCGGUGAGGAGUUUCCUAGGAACGGGAGGGGCCCUGGUGCUUCCGCUCCGCGUCAUGCCACCGACCAGGACUGGGAAGAGCGCAUUCGGCAUCUUCAAGAAGUCCACAAAUUCCGGGAGUGCAACAGUAGUAAGAAGUUCUUCCGCGCAGACCACUUCCGACAGCACCUUAAACAUAGCCACGCAGGAAUAAGCGGCAUUUGGACGAACAUGUUGGAGAACGCAUGCAUGUUGGAUGAAAAUCCCUCUCCGAGAUGA